AUGGCGGCGCGCCCGCCGCCGCCGCCGCCCUCUCCGCCGCCAGCGCGGCUUUCGGGGACCCGGUCCUCGCGUGCUGGGCGGGGAGCCGCGGUCCACGCAGUGAGCAGCGAGGGCGGCGCGGCGCGGGAGGGCGCCCUGGACCCAGGCUACAUCCCCUGGCCGGGUGGAGAGGGGUCGGGGGCCCAGCGAGGGCCGGGGGGGUCCGCUCCGGCUCCCCUGCUCAGUGCGCCCGCGGGGGCCGAGCAGCUAGAGGGCCGCUCGGUAGAGGAGGUGGUGGUGACCCGGAUGCAGCUGCUGGAGGAAGAGCUGAGCAGCCUAAAGGAGGAGCUGGCCCUGUGUCAGGCUGAUAAAGAAUUUGUAUGGACUUUGUGGAAACGUCUCCAGGUGACAAACCCAGAUAUCACACACACAGUCAGUUUGAUUGUGGAAAGAGAAAAACAGAAAACUGAAGCUAAAGACAGAAAAGUUUUAGAAAUUCUACAAGUCAAGGAUGCUAAAAUACAAGAAUUGGAACAGAGAGAAUCAGGACUGAAACAGGACAUAAAUGACCUUAUAAAGCGGAAGAUUGCAGUAGAUGAAGAAAAUGCUCUCUUAAGGAAAGAAUUCAGUGACUUGCAGAAGAAAUUUAAAGAUAAAAGACAAGAAGUUAAGGACAGUAAAGAGUGUAUACAGAAUAAGGAAGAGCAAAGCAGACUGAUUAUAAAAGACCUGGAAGAGGAAAACCAGAAAUUAAGUACCCGCUGUGUUGACCUGCUAAAUGACCUGGAGAGACUGAGGAAGCAGGAAGCCCAUUGGAAAAAAGAAAAAUAUAGCAUUGAUGCAAAAAUAAAGACCUUUGAAAACAAUUUAAUGGAAGCAAGGAAAGAAAUUGAAGUUUCACAGAGUAAAUACAAUGCUCUCUCAUUACAGUUGACUAAUAAACAGACUGAACUUAUCCAGAAGGAUAUGGAUAUUACCCUGGUUAGGCAAGAGCUGCAGGAACUGCAGAAUCUUUACAAACAGAACAGUGCACAUACAGCACAGCAAGCAGAAUUGAUCCAACAGCUUCAGGUUCUGAAUAUGGACACACAAAAAGUAUUGAGAAAUCAGGAAGAUGUUCAUACAGCGGAAAGUAUAUCUUAUCAAAAACUUUACAAUGAGUUACAUAUUUGUUUUGAAACCACAAAAUCAAGUGAAGCUAUGCUCCGGCAAAGUGUUGUUAACCUUCAGGAUCAGCUAUUUCAAAAAGAGCAAGAAAAUGCAAAGUUAAAAGAAAAGCUUCAGGAAUCAUUAGGAGCACCUUAUUCUUUACCUCAAGAAAGCGAUUCAGACCACUCAGAACAGGUAUCUCAACGGCCAUCUUUAUCGAGUUUAGAAACCUUAAUGGUGUCACAGAAGUCUGAAAUUGAGUAUUUACAGGAGAGACUGAAAAAAGCAAAUGAAAAACUGUCAGAGAACAGAUUGAUCAGCCAGGGUUCCUCAGAAAAGAACAUCUGGACAAGUGUUGAAGGGAAACAAAAGGAACCACCUGUGAAACGUUCAAGGUCUUUGUCCCCAAAGAGAUCUUUCACAGACUCAGAGGAGCUAAGGAAACUGAGAAAAGCUGAAAGAAAGAUUGAAAACUUAGAGAAGGCACUACAACUAAAGAGCCAAGAAAAUGAUGAGCUAAGAGAUGCCCAUGAAAAACGUAAGGAAAGGCUACAGAUGUUACAGACCAACUACAGGGCAGUAAAAGAGCAAUUAAAACAGUGGGAAGAAGGCAGUGGCAUUCCUAUUUUUAAAAUAAAGAGAGCAGAUCCCCAACAACUUCGACAAGAAGAUUCUGAUGCUGUAUGGAAUGAACUGGCCUAUUUCAAAAGGGAAAACCAGGAACUAAAGAUUCAAAAAAUGAAUCUUCAGGAAGAAUUGGAUAAACUUAAAGUGCAUAUAUCUAUUGACAAAGCAACAAUACAAGAAUUAAAUACAUGGAUAGCAGAGAAAAAAGAAGAACAACUCUUUAGACAAGGAGAAGAUGAUGGGGUCAAGAAGAGUCCUCCAGAGAAGAAUGGGAAAGAAAUGUCGGAGCAGACAUUACAGAAGGUCAUUGAAUUGGAAAAUCGGCUAAAAUCUUUUGAGAAAAGGUCGAGAAAAUUAAAAGAAACGAAUAAAAAGUUAAUAAAAGAAAAUGAUUUCCUGAAAUCCCUCUUAAAACGGCACCAAGAAGAGGCAAAGAACAGAGAAAAAGAGUUAGAACAACUACAAAAAGAGAGUAAAGAUGUAGUAAAAAGCAAAGCUGACCUUCAAGUAAAAAUCAGUGAGCUCGAGAGAGAUGUCACUUUCCUAAGGAGACAAGUGGCAGAAACUAAUGGGUUGAAAAACGAAGAGCUGAUGAAUUCAGUGGAGAAAUUGCAGCACUCAGUAGAUAAAGCUAAUUCUGAGAUGGCCACCACAGAAGUAAGAUCUGGGCAAUCUGAUUGUAAAACAACCACUACCAAGGUUAAAUUUAAAGCCGCCAAGAAAAAGUGCCCUAUGGGUCCUUACCACACUGUUCUCAAUCACUCAAUCAAGGUUAUGAGCAAUGUGUUUGAGAACCUCAGCAAGGACAAGGACUGGGAGGAUGUGAGUGAAAGCAGUGAUUCUGAAACACAGAGCUCUCAAAAUUUGGGAACAAUUAUUGUAGAAACAUCCCAGAAAAUAAGUCCUAUAGAAGAUGGAAGAGACCAGAAAGAAAGCGAUGAAAUAGAAGACAGUCACAUGCAAGGAAAAAGAAUAGUACAAACAUAUUCAAAAACAAAUGGCAAGGUCACAAAGGAUUAUUUUCAUUACAAGAAUGCCAGAAAGCCAACUUUUCAAAAGAAGAAUGGUAAUAUUCAAAAGAGUUCAUAUACAACAGGUCCUAACAGAGUUAACAGAGAAAAAUUAAAAUAUGUAUCUGCUCAGAAAUCAAGUAGCAAUGUUAUUUUAUUACGAGAAAGAAUUAUAUCCUUGCAGCAACAAAACAGUGUACUUCAGAAUGCCAAAAAAACAGCAGAAUUGUCUAUUAAAGAAUAUAAAGAAGUCAAUGAAAAGCUCCUUCAUCAGCAGCAACUAUCUGAUCAACGAUUUCAGACAAGCAGACAGACAAUAAAGAAGCUAAAUUUGGACUUGGCUGAUCUUCGGAAAGAAAAAGAAGACUUAUUAAAGAAAUUGGAGUCCUCAUCUGAAAUCACAAGUUCUGCAGAAGUUUCCCAGGUAACAAUUCCACGGAUACAAGUUACCUCACUUGGUCCUUCAAGGAGCAUGGAUUUGGAAAUGAAGCAAUUACAGUGCAAACUAAAGAAUGCAACUAAUGAACUCACUAAGCAGUCAUCAAGCAUGAAGUCUCUGAAAUUUGAACUCCUAGCAAAAGAAGAACACAUAAAGGAAAUGCAUGAAAAGCUGUCUCGAAUGGAAAGGGAUAUAACCAUGAAAAGACAUUUAAUAGAGGACUUGAAAUUUCGACAGAAAGUAAAUUUGGAAAGUAAUGAGAGCAUUAAUGAAAUGGUAGAAAAUCUUGAAAAAAAGGUAAAGACAUUGACUGAAGAGUGUUCCAACAAGAAGGUAUCAAUUGAUUCACUAAAGCAAAGACUUAGUGUCGCCGUUAAAGAGAAGUCACAGUAUGAAGAGAUGUAUCAGAAAACUAAAGAGGAAUUAGAAAAAAAGGAUCUCAAGCUUUCUCUCCUACUAUCAAAAAUAAAUGAGACUGAAUCUGCAAUGGCAGAAAUUGAAAUAGCAGCUUCUAAGCAGCUUCAAGGAUUGGCGUUGCAAAGUGAGCAGGCCCUGGAAUGUGCACAGAAGAAACUGCAGAUAGCCAGUGAGAAAGUGGAAGAGUUCAUCUUAUUUGUGAAGGCUUUGGUCAAAGAGUUACAAGUUGAUGUCCAUACAAUAAGGCGACAAAUCAGAGAGCUUAAAAGAAUGCAGAGAAAGAAGGAUGCUCAUAAAACCUCAACUCAUAAAGCCCAGACCUUGGCAGCUUCUAUCCUCAACAUUUCACGAUCAGAUCUAGAGGAAAUAUUGGACACAGAAGAUGAAGUGGAACUCAAAAGGACAACGAUAGAUGCUGAAAAUGACAGGGAGUGGCUGUUGUAUAUCCAGAAACUUCUUGAAGGACAGCUUCCUUUUGCCUCAUAUUUACUAGAAGCAAUAUUGGAGAAAAUAAAUGAAAAAAAGAAACUGGUUGAAGUGUAUUUCACAAUUAUGAAAGAUAUUAGAUGA